UUAUAGCCAACGAUUACAAAUUACUUACUAUUAUAUUGUUAUCAUCUAUUCUUUGUUGACGCAUUUUGAAACGUAUACAAAAAACUUCAUUUAGAAGAGCGAUGCAGUGUGAUAUAUUGUGUAUAAUUUGAACUGAGCGGAAAAGUGCAAACGCAUCAAAUUCUUAUCGCAGAACCAAUGGGAUAUUUUUGAGUUUCACUUAGAAAAAUUGAAAAAAAAAAUUGCCAUUCAAUACAAGGUAGCAUCAAGAUUUUGGAAAAAUUCUUAAGUGGGCGUGUAGACAUACAUACAUACAUACAUGUUCAAGCUUUGCGUAUAUCUCUGCAAACAUAUGUAAUUUGGUAUUAAAAUGGCUUUUUGGUGCGAUUGCUUCAAUGGGGGCUACCAGCAAAUAGAUGCUGCCCGUCAAGGUCCACGUUUUGGUAUACGUCAUCUUCAAUGCUUCCUUGCUUUUUGUGGCUUGGCAGUGGCCUACUCUUUGCGUGUGAAUCUCUCUGUAGCUAUUGUUGCGAUGACAGAUAAAAACCACACAAAUCCGGCAUUCGAUGAGUACAACUGGGAUGAGGGCAUUAAAUCCUAUCUACUCAGCAGCUUCUUUUGGGGCUAUGUAGUGACACAAGUACCCGGUGGCUAUAUGGCUCAUCAUUACGGUGCAAAGUACACGUUCUUUUUUGGUGUAUUCAUAUGCUCUACACUCGCUAUAUUGACACCGCUCUGUGCCAAAAUAGGCGAUUGGCCGCUAGUGUUAGCGCUGCGUGCUGCACAAGGUCUAUCGCAAGGCAUGAUCUUUCCAUCGACGCACACAUUCCUCUCGAAAUGGGCACCAGCCGAAGAACGUGGACGUCUAGUAAGCUAUUGCUAUUCGGGCGCACAAUUUGGUACGGUCGUAAUGCUUUCUGUUAGCGGUUAUAUAGCCUCUUCACGGCUUGGUUGGCCCAGCAUAUUCUAUCUCUCCGGUAUUGUUGGCAUUUCAUGGUCAUUCGUUUGGUUAUACCUCAGCGCUAGCACACCAGCUGAACAUCCAUCGAUUAGUGUAGCAGAAUUACGUUAUAUUGAAUCAUCCGGACAAACGCGUCGUCCCUCAGAUGCUGGGCGUACUUCUGGCAGUGCACAAGCACCAGCACACAAAUUACCCUGGUCACACAUUUUCACAUCGGGACCUUUUCUCACCUUGAUAUUUGUGCAUUUAUCAAAUAAUUGGGGUUUUUGGACUUUGCUCACCGAGAUACCGACAUACAUGAAGAGCAUUUUAGGUGUAGAUAUACGUAGCAACGGUCCACUAUCUGCGCUACCUUACCUUGCGAUGUGUCUACUGUCAUAUGUUUUCAUCUUUUUGGGUGAUUUUAUAAAUGCACGAUAUACGACACGCUUAUGGGUAUCGCGUAAAUUCUUCAACACCAUCGGUCAAUGGGUGCCAAUGGUGGCUUUGAUUGGUUUGGGCUAUAUAAAUGCUGGUGGCAGUGUUAAAUUGGCUAUCACACUAUUGACUAUAGCAGUCGGCGCUAAUGCGGCCACCUAUUUGGGUUUCCAAGUCAAUCAUAUUGAUUUAGCACCAAAUUUUGCUGGCACUCUAAUGGGCAUUACGAAUUGUGUGGCAAAUGUGAUAAGCAUAAUAGCACCGCUCACAGUCGGACUUAUUGUAACAGAUGAGGAAAAUCCCACACAAUGGCGUAUUGUGUUCUAUGUAAGCGCAUUUUUCUACUUUGUCGGUAAUCUAUUUUUCCUUAUCUUUGGCCGUACGAGUCCGCAAAAAUGGAAUUUUCCGCAAGGACAAACAACAAAUGCUGAGAACAGAAGCACCAACGUCGCGCCAAGCAGCGAUGAGGCUCAAGAGCAUACCGAUGACGAGACGGCGCCGUUAAAUCGCAAUGCUGCACCAUAAAACCACCACUUUUACUCUCUUUACAUGCAUGUAUGCUUUUAGAUAAAUAAUUUUUAAUAACAAAUAAUUUCAUAGUUAUCAAACUUGUUUCUUUGUGUACACAAAAUAUACCUUCCCGUUGCAUGUAUUGAAGAAAAGUGGUCACGAUAUGUUAUGACUUGAAUUUAGGUAACUUAGGUAAAACAUAUAUAUAUAUACAUAAAUAUACACACAAACGAAAUUAUAUUUUCUAAAAGUACCUAUGUACAUUCAAUCUCAAAUUAAUUUUAAGCUCGAAAAUCAAUUAUACAUACAUAAAUAUAUAGGUUCGAAAGUGAAUAUGAAUUG